AUGACGGAGGUUACGGGAGAAGAAGGCUGGGGAAUUGGAGAGCUGGUGCAGGAAAGAUGCAAGAACAGGGAUGCUGGAGUAAUGGCAGGCAGACUGGUAGAGAGCACCUCGCAGAGUGAUGGCUCACCCAGGAAGGCAGUGGGAGUUGAGGAGACUUGGAAGGAAGAGUCCCAACAUGAGCGCCCUGAAAGUCUCGGUCUGGCGUUAUGGCUGUAUGUACCUAGGAGAUGGAAGGAUACCAGACCAGUUUUUAAGGUGGACAUCAAUAUUCACAUAAGGUUGAUACCUGAAAUUAACUGGAAUUUACGGAAUAAAAUUGGAGUUUUCGCUAUAAAAGAUUUACUGGAUUUCUACCUUCAACAAGUUCUCAAGGCAGACAGUCAUAUAGGAAAGGAAACAGCAGAACUGAAAAGCCACUUAUCAAGACUUCAGACAACUGUGAAAGACUGCAUAAAGUUCACUACACCUUCGAAAAAAUAUAACACAACAUAUGGGGAGAAGAUUACAGACAUGAAGAAGAAUUUCAAAAACACAGAUGAAUUGAUUUCCAAGGCUGUUGGGGAACUUCACCUGGUGAUAGAAGGAAUCCACCAGUAUACUCUUCCACGGAAACUCUGA